AAAAAAUAUGGAACAGAGCAAAGUCAUAAUACAAUAAUCAAUAAAUUUUCUUCUUGUCAUUAUAACAACAAAUCUUAAAGAACUUAGAUGGCAUUAGGGCUAAACCGUGGAGCGAUAAAAGCCGUGCUGGUGGAUUUAAGUGGAACCCUUCACAUAGAAAAUGAAGCGACUUAUGGAGCAGUCGAGGCUUUAGAACGGUUGAAAAGCUCUGGUAUAUUUGUGAGAUUUCUCACCAAUACAACUAAGGAGAGUAAAAACUAUUUACAUGAAAGACUUACCAAAUGUGGAUUUGGUUUAGAGAAAAACGACAUAUUUACUUCUCUAACUGUUUCCCGCCAAUACAUCGAAAAUCAUCAUCUGAACCCAUUGCUCUUGCUUGAGGAUGCAGCAUUGGAAGAGUUUCAAGGGCUUUCAAGGAAUACUGAACAAAUAAAUGCAGUAGUGGUAGGAUUAGCUCCUAGCAAGUUUGGUUAUGAAUCCAUGAAUCAUGCUUUUAGGAUUUUGAUGAAUGGGGCUGAUUUAAUUGCAAUCCACAAGGGUCGUUAUUAUUCUCGUGGUGACGGGCUGGCUCUGGGUCCUGGACCGUUUGUUUCAGCAUUAGAAUUUGCAACUGGAAGGACCGCUACAGUGAUGGGCAAGCCAGAGAAAAAUUUCUUCCUUUCCGCAUUAGUGGGACUGAACUGUGAGCCUCAUGAGGCCCUCAUGAUUGGCGAUGAUGUACGUGACGAUAUUGAAGGGGCGCUUCUGGCAGGAUUUAAGGCUAUUUUGGUACGCACAGGAAAAUUUCGCGCAGGAGAUGAAAACCGUUCCAGUAUACCACCAACUGCAGUUUGUGAGAACUUUGCAUCGGCAGUUGAUUACAUACUGGCAUAACCAUACAAAUUGCGUGAUGAGUGGCGCAAUU